AUGCACGCUUACCUCAACAAGAUCGCACAUAACGAGACCCUCAUGGAUACGAUGAUCGUGCGCGACAAGUUCGCCCAAAAACGCAUCGACUGGAUCAAGAGCAACAGUGACGACAUCACUACCAAACUCGACAAGCUGACAUCCAACUCGACGCUGACAGCGGAAUGCGACACAUUCAAUGCGCAGCGCGACGCAGUCCGUCAGUGCAAGGCAUUGCAGGCAUUGGAAAGACUGGUAAAUUCGACGAACGGGCAGACUGAUUUCAAUGGAGGACCUGCUUCAGACUUUCUCAGCGAUGAGCAGAAUCAGAAAUUACAACAAAAGUUCGAGAAAGUGGAGCUCAAGCUGCAGCAAUUCAGGAGUAAUGCAACAUUGAUGGGUCUCUGCAGCAACGAUGUUGUGUUCCAGCAGGAUGGCGCCAUUGGAGAUCAAGUGGUUGACAACAGCGGCGCCAUCAGCAUGACGAAAAGUAGUGCAAGGAGUAAUGUGCAUGAAUCAGGAAAUGCUUCAUCACUGAUGAUUUUCAUGGUUCUGAUGACAGUGUCGAUGCUGUAG